AUGGCGGGUCAAUCGUCCUCGAAAUUGAGGAGACUCAAAUCUUCAUCGUGGCGACAACUUCGACGUCGGCUUUUUCUGCUUGAGAAAUUGCGUGAUGCAAGAACGAUUGGGAUCGUCGUUGGAACUGUUGGAAUCAAAGGGCACCGCGAAGCUGUCACCAGACUUCGGAUGCUUUGUCAGACUGCUUCAAAGAAGGCGUAUGCGAUUUCAGUCGGCAAGAUCAAUGUCGCGAAGCUGUCAAACUUCUCAGAAAUCGACGCUUUUGUGCUGAUCUCUUGCCCAUUUGGUGUACUACUUGAGACAAAUGAUUACUUCAAGCCGGUUGUUUCAAUUUUUGAGGCCGAGAUGGCGCUGAAUCCGACAAAAUCUUGGGCUGCCGAAGCGGGAUGGAGUGCCGAAUUUGGACAGAUUCUAGAUGAUCAGAUUGGCGAGCAUGAGGAAGAUGGAAGGGUUGAGGUGAGUCUCGUCAGUGGGAAUAUUCGCGUCGAUGGAGGCAAGACGGCAAAAAGUGAUGAGCCGGAUGGAACGGAUAAACAAAUUGCUCUGUAUUCAGCUGGCGAUUACUUCAAGGAACGCACAUGGCAUGGCCUCGACGAUAGUAUACGGAUCGAUGAAGAGCUUAAAGUCACCGAGGGACGUUCCGGAAUUGCGGCGGGUUAUGCAACGGAAGCGCCUUCAAAAAAUGAAUCU